GUGGGAGAAGAAAAAGAUUAUUUUAGAUUUAAUUAAAAGAAAGAUAAAGAGAUAUAAGAUAGGAAAGGUUAUAGUGUAUUAUAAUAUAGUUAGGAAGGUAAAGAAAAUUAUAGAGAUAUUAGGUUAUAAUGUAUACUACUACCAUGCAGUUAGAAAAGAUAGUAUGUUAAAAAAGUUUAUAAAAGGAAAACAACAGGUUAUGGUUAUAACAAGUGUAUUAGGUAUAGGUGUUAAUAUAAUAGAUAUUAGGUAUAUCAUACAUAUAGAUAAGCCGCAAACGUUAUUAGAUUACGUAUAAGAGAGUGGAAGGGCGGGACGGGAUAAAUUAAAGAGCAAAGUAAUCAUAAUAAAUAAGGACAAUAAAAGAAGGUAUAAGGAAAAAAGAUAUAAAAAGAGCAGAUAAGAGCAACAGUUAGUAAGAAUAUACAUAAAAGGCAAGGACAGAAAAGAGAGAUAUAGAAAGAUAGUAUUAGAUAGAUAUUUAAAUAGAAAAGAGAAUUAAGUAGGUUGUGAAAGCAGAGAGGAGUUAUGCAAUAUUUAUAAUAGUAUAGAAAAGAAAGAAGAGGAAGAAGAGGAAGAAGAAAAAGAAAUAAAAAAAAAAGUAAAAGAGAAAGGAGAAGAAGAAGGAGAAGAAAAAGGAAAAGAG